CACCCAAUCACCGAGGGAGGUACAAGCUGCCAUAGGCUGCCUAUUGAUCCCGAGGGUGUUGGCAGAUGACAGGGGCAGCAUGUCAUUCCGCCCACACAUCGCGUCCAGGGAAAAGAAGACACCGGACCUGCGGACCUCUCUACCCCUCCUCCAGCAGCGCCUCCUGGACUGGAUCGUCGUGGGACUGGGGCACGGAGCCAGGUUAGACACAGCAGCCCGCUGCCCGCCCCUGUACUAAGUGUCCCUUCCGUCAGAAGGGGGGGGCGGCGGCCCCGCACCACCCCCGAAAAAGUGCCGCCCUAGGCAAAUGCCUUGUUUGCCUCGCGGCAAAUACGCAACUGCGU